AUUCCUGAUAGGGGCGACCCAGUUUUAAAGGAGAUCAAAAUCCAACGCGAUAAUGGCAGUGAGAAACAAGUUGAUCUGGAGAUGGCCGCGCAAAAUGCCGCAGACAGUUCUGGGCCGCGGGUGGUGAAAGAAGCCGAAUUCCGGGAUUUAUAG